UCCAGGCUCCUCGGUCAGCCCGGCCUUCCCCGGGAGACCCCAGACCCCCAGUCUGCCCCGAGGGGUCGCUUAGGAUCCCGGCCACCGCGGGAACAGGCUAUGGAUUCGUUGGAAAAUAGUGCUAGCGGCAUGAACAAGGCUGUAGGCCAGGACUGAAAGACACCGGCAAGCUUGGGCUACAGAAAACCACCUGUCAAAAAUCAAAAAUCAACGUCCAGUGCAACAGGGCAGGUUACAGGUCAUGGGGACCAUGGAAUACUUCCUGCUCUGGCUGAUAUUUACCUUCCAGGCAUUGACCUUAAUCAGAGGAACAGAAACGGAGCAGGAUUUUAACUGGCACGUACGGAAAGUACCCCAGAUUGUGAGCGAGAGGACUUUUCAUCUUCCGAGCCCCAAAUUCGAGGCAGAGGCCAGGAUGGUGUUAAGCAGAGUGUGCGGGAUUGAAUGUCAAAAGGAACUGCCGAGGCCCAGCCUUUCAGAGCUGGAGGAAGCCCUCUCCUUUGAGACGGUCUUUGAGAACGGCACCCGCACCUGGACAAGAGUGAACGUCCAGGGCCUGGCGCUGGCGUCGAACACCACUGGCAGAGAAGCGCCCAGCCGGAGAAAGCGGCAGGUGUACGGCACAGACAGCAGAUUCAGCAUCACCGACAAGCGUUUCUUAAGCCACUUCCCUUUCAACACCGCUGUCAAGCUCUCCACGGGCUGCAGUGGCAUUCUCAUCUCCCCCAGCCACGUGCUAACCGCUGCUCACUGUGUUCACGAUGGAAAGGAUUACCUCAGAGGAGGCCGCAAACUGAGGGUGGGUGUGCUGAGAAUGCGUUCUAAAGGUGCGGGGAGAGGGCGCGGGAGACCUGAGAGAAACAGGAGGGAAGCUCACAGGAAGAGCCAGAGGCAAGGGACCAAAGAGGAGCGGAAAGGGAGAGCCAGAGGAGGAAGGAGGAAGAAAGACUCCAUACAAGGUCAUCAUAGAGUGGUGGCUGGCAAACGGUCUUUCCAAUGGACCAGGGUCAAGAGCACCCAAAUUCCAAAAGGCUGGGUCAGAGAAGCAAGCGGGGAUGUGGUCUUGGAUUACGACUAUGCAGUCCUCGAACUGAAACGUCCCCACAAGAAGCAGUACAUGGAACUGGGCAUCAGCCCAACCGUCAAGAAGAUGCCCGGAAGCCUGAUCCAUUUCUCGGGAUUUGACAACGAUCGAGCCGAGCAACUGGUCUACCGGUUCUGCAGUGUGUCUGACGAGUCCAGUGAUCUCUUCUACCAAUAUUGCGAUGCCGCCCCGGGCUCCACCGGCUCUGGGAUCUAUCUGCGCCUGAAAGAGCCAGACGAGAAGAAGUGGAAGAGGAAGAUCAUCGCCGUUUACUCCGGCCACCAGUGGGUGGAUGUUGGAGGCGUCCAGAAGGAUUAUAAUGUAGCUGUGCGUAUCACCCCUCUUAAAUAUGCCCAGAUUUGCCUCUGGAUACACGGGAAUGAUGCUGACUGUACUUACGGCUGAGGAGAACCUGAAACUAGAGCAGCAAGGACCUAGUCACAACACAGAAUUUAAAGCAGUUGCUGGAAUUUGCAACCUAGGCAGUACGCUGUCCUCCUACACUACCAAGAGUAACAGUUCCACUGGGUACUGAAAAAAGUCACCUCCUCGGGUUACACCUGAAAACUGAUGUUACAAAGGGUUCUUAUGGUGGGAUUAGUCGAAUUUUGUGAUUCUUUUAAAAGAAUGCUUAAAUAUAUAUAUAGUGGACUAGGCAGGCACUUGUACUUUUGUUAAAUUGGAGUAAAUUGAAUUUGAAAUUUU